GCCGGGUCAGCAGCGCUGGUCCCCUUCCGGCACCCUGCGCCCCGCCCGGGACCUGGGACAGCGCACAGCGAGAGAGAGGGGCGUGUCGGGGAGAGCUCUGCGGGAAAACGAAACCCAGAGGCGAAAGCCGCGGACUCGGAGCUCUCACCGCCGGGCAGCCAUGGACGUGUACCGCACCCCUGCCGCCCAACUGGACAAGCUGGUGGCCCGCAGCCUGCAGCCGUCGGGGGAGUUCGUGGCGGCCACGCGGCGCGCACUGGGCGCCCUGGACACCGCCCUGAGGGAGCGCAGGGCCGGCCCAGGCGCCGCGAACCUGCCGCGGGUGCUGAAAACCGCCAAGGGAGGUUCCUUUGGCCGGGGCACAGCUCUCAGGGGUGGCUGUGAUUUUGAACUUGUCAUCUUCUUCGACUGCUUCAAGAGCUAUAAGGACCUGGGGACCCACCGUGCAAAGGUCCUCAAGGACAUGCAGGCGCUGCUGGAAUCCUGGUGGCAGACCCAACUCCCUGGUCUGAGACUUGAGUUCACUGAGCAGGGCAUGUCUGGGGCACUGCGGUUCCGAUUGGCAUCUACAGAUUGUGAAAACUGGAUGGAUGUUAGCCUGGUGCCCUCUUUUGAUGUCCUGGGGCAGCUCAGCUCCAACAGCAAACCCAAGCCCCAAGUCUACUCUACUCUCCUCAACAGUGGCUGCCAGGAGGGUGAGCAUGCAGCCUGCUUUGCUGAGCUGCGGAGGAACUUCAUAAACAUGCGCCCAACCAAGCUGAAGAAUCUGAUCCUGCUUGUGAAGCACUGGUACUGCCAGGUGUGUGCACGGGGGCCAAGGAAGGAGACGCUGCCCCCGGUCUAUGCCCUGGAGCUGCUGACCAUCUUUGCCUGGGAGCAGGGUUGCAAGGAGGAUGCCUUCAGCUUGGCCAAAGGCCUCCGGACUGUCUUCGGCCUGAUCCAACAGUACCAGCACCUCUGUGUCUUCUGGACCAUCAACUACAGCUUCGAGGACCCUGCUGUUGGGCAGUUCUUGCAGAGACAGCUUAAGAGACCCAGGCCUGUGAUUCUGGACCCAUGUGACCCCACAUGGGAUGUGGGGAAUGGGGCCACCUGGCACUGGGAUGUGCUAGCCCAGGAGGCAGAGUCCUGCUAUGACCAGCCGUGCUUUCUGCAGGGGGCUGGAGCCCCUGUGCAGCCCUGGCAGGUGAUGGACCUUCCACAUUCUGGGCGCUCAGGUUUGGACCACCCCAUCCGGCGAGACCCUAACCAGGGGACACUUGAAGACUGCAAGAUCCUCGAUCCAGGUCAUCUAAGGGCAGGGAGUAAACCACCCUCAUCCCCAGCUCCUGUCUCUUCAGGGACAGCCAGCAUCACCCCCUCUAUGUCCGGGACAGUCUCAGAUCUGUCUCAGAUUCCCACCAAGGAGUUGGACCGCUUUAUCCAAGACCACCUGAAGCCAAGCCCCCAGUUCCAAGAGCAGGUGAAAAGGGCCAUCGAUGUCAUAUUGCGCUGCCUCCGUGAGAACUGUGUUCACAAGGUCUCAAGAGUCAGCAAGGGGGGCUCAUUUGGCCGGGGCACAGACCUAAAGGGCAGCUGUGAUGUCGAACUCAUCAUCUUCCUCACCUGCUUCACCAACUACAAGGACCAAGGGACCCGCAGUAGGGAGAUCCUUGAUGAGAUUCGGAUGCAGCUGGAAUCUUGGUGGCAGCUCCAGGUCCCCAGCCUGAGCCUUAGUUUUCCGGAGCAGAAUUCUCCUGAGACGUUGCAGUUCCAGGUCAUGUCCACGGCCCUGGAAAGCCGGAUAGAUGUUAGCUUGCUGCCCGCCUUUGAUGCCAUGGGGCAGACCAACCCUGGCACCAAACCUAAUCCCCAGGUCUACUCGACCCUCCUCAAAAGUGGCUGCCAGGAGGGUCAACAUGCAGCCUGCUUCGCGGAGUUGAGGAGGAACUUCGUGAACACCCGCCCAGUCAAGCUGAAGAACCUGAUUCUGCUCAUAAAACACUGGUACCACCAGGUUGCAGCUCAGAACAAAGGAAAAGGGCCAGCCUGUGCCUCCCUGCCCCCAGCCUAUGCCCUAGAACUCCUGACCAUCUUUGCCUGGGAGCAGGGCUGUGGGAUGGACCGUUUCAACAUGGCCGAAGGCCUCCAGACUGUCCUGGGGCUUGUCCAAAAAUAUCAGCAUCUCUGUGUCUAUUGGACAGUCAACUAUAGCAUUGAAGACCCAGCUCUGAGGACACAUCUUCUUGGCCAGCUUCGGAAAUCCAGGCCCCUGGUGCUGGACCCAGCUGACCCCACCUGGAAUGUGGGCCAGGGUAACUGGGAGCUGCUGGCCCAGGAAGCAGCAGCACUAGGGACACAGACCUGCUGUACAAAUAGAAAUGGAACACCUGUGCCGCCCUGGGACGUGAUGCCAGCACUCCUUUACCAAACCCCAGCAGGGGACCUCGACAAGUUCAUCAGUGAAUUUCUCCAACCCAACCGCCAGUUCCUGACUCAAGUGAACAAAGCUGUUGAUACCAUCUGCUCAUUCCUGAGGGAAAACUGCUUCCAGAAUUCUCCCAUCAAAGUGAUUAAAGUGGUCAAGGGCGGCUCUUCAGCCAAAGGCACAGCUCUACGAGGUUGCUCUGACGCUGACCUAGUGGUGUUCCUCAGCUGCUUCAGUCACUUCACCGAGCAGGGGAACAAGCGAGCUGAGAUCAUUUCAGAGAUCCGAGCCCAGCUGGAGGCAUGUCAGCGGGAGCAGCAGUUCGAGGUGAAGUUCGAGGUCUCCAAAUGGGAGAAUCCGCGCGUGCUGAGCUUCUCACUGACAUCCCAGACAAUGCUGGACCAGAGUGUGGACUUUGAUGUGUUGCCAGCCUUUAAUGCCCUAGGUCAGCUGGUCUCCGGCUCUCGGCCCAGCCCUCAGGUCUACACUGACCUCAUCCACAGCUACAGCAAUGCAGGCGAGUACUCCACCUGCUUCACAGAGCUGCAGCGAGAUUUCAUCAUCUCUCGCCCCACCAAACUGAAGAGUCUGAUCCGGCUGGUGAAGCACUGGUACCGGCAGUGCAACAAGAUGCCGAAGGGAAGAGGCUCCCUGCCCCCCCAACAUGGGCUGGAACUCCUGACGGUAUACGCCUGGGAGCAGGGUGGACAGGACCCCCAGUUCAACAUGGCUGAGGGCUUCCGCACAGUCCUGGAGCUGGUCACCCAGUACCGCCAGCUCUGUAUCUACUGGACCGUCAACUAUGAUGCUGAGGAUGAGACCAUUAGAGACUUCCUGAAAUUGCAGCUUCAGAAACCCAGGCCCAUUAUCCUGGAUCCGGCUGACCCGACAGGCAACCUGGGCUGCAAUGCCCGCUGGGACCUGCUGGCCAAGGAAGCUGCAGCGUGCACAUCUGCCCUGUGCUGCACAGCCCAGGAUGGCACCCCCAUCCAGCCGUGGCCAGUGAAGCUUCUGCAGGAAGGAUGGUGGUAACAUCUUCUAUAAUACCCUCCCCAGGCUGCUGUGUAAAGUACAGAAAAUCAGUGGUCAUACUGGAUGGACAGAAGA